AUGGACAAUCACAUUCUCUACACUCUGUUUCUAAUAGUGAGUUUUCAUGUCAUCUCGAUCUGGAGUGAUGAUGAGGAGGUACUUUUCUGUCCAGAGCACCAGCUGGCCUUUGAGAGCUCCUGCUAUGAGUUUGUGGCUCUGCAGCGCAGUUUCCUCAGCGCUCAGGCUUGGUGUGAGCGGGGCGGUGGGCACCUGGCCUUCAUCCAGAAUGAUGAAACCCAGCAAUUUCUCCAAAAACACCUGCAGACGGAGCAGGAUUGGUGGAUAGGACUCGCGCCUGCUUCCACCAACCUCACUCUGGACUCUGCUGCCACUGAAGGUCCCUUGUCCUGGUUGGAUGGUUCGGAUGUUAGUUAUUCCAACUGGCUCCAAGAGCCCUCGCUGAAUGCAUCCUGUGGCUACAUCAGAAGAAAUUCUGGAUUUCAGUGGGAAACCAACAGUAACUGUAGCCAGGAGCUCUACUUCAUCUGCGAGUUUGAGUCUGGGCGCUCUUUAGCCUGUGCUGAUCAUAACGCUACGCUUCAGUGUGGCUCCGGUCAAGUGAUAGAGAUUGAUGACAGCUUCUAUGGCAGGAAGGCGGUGCAUUACUGCAGGCCCAACCACGCUCCCUCACAUGUAUCUCCACCGCAGGACGAGUGCAGCUGGGUGGAUAUAGUAGAUACAGUGUCAGAGCACUGCCACGGGCUGCAGGUGUGUCAGGCUGCUGCCGAUAUAUCAUCUUUUGGAGAGCCGUGCCCUGCACUGGGAAGCUACUUGUCAGUGGAAUAUCAUUGCAAAGAUGCUCUUCAUCUGCUGAUGAGCAAACUGGCUGCUGUCUUUGACAACAUUACCAUUACAGUGAAGUGGUUGCUGCAUCCAUUUCAAGGCAACCUCACGUGCACUUUGAAUGCUGGGGAUGGACACAUCAUUGAUAAUUACAGUCCAGAGGAGAUGGAGAAUGUGGUCCAUAAGUACAGCCAUGCUGGAGUAUACACUGUGGCAGUGGAGUGCAGCACUAGUGAAUGGCAUGUGACAGCCCACAAGAGCAUCACUAUCCAGGAGCCUCUUGGAGAGUUCGGGACUAUGAAGUGCCACAGCAUGAAUCAAUCCACAGACUAUAAGAACUGCAAAGCACUUUAUGAUAACCCUCUAAAAAUCCAAGUGGAGUUAGAUGCAGGAACAAAUGUAACCUACAAAAUUCAGCAUGGAAAUACAGAGCUGGUCUCCGCAUCUGCUAUCAGAGGGAUCGUUCCCCAGAACAUCACUGUAUCUCCAGAGGUACAGCAGCAGCUAGGACCAGGCUGUCACCAGCUUACUCUUGUGGCUCUCAAUGCGGUGACGGCAAUAAAUGGCUCCACCGUCUUGGAGCUGUGCUUGGUGGAGCCAGUGGAAGGCCUCAUAGCCGACGUGGAACUUGAGCAUGAGCAGUGUCCGGUCCAUGCCCUAUCUGUCAAUGUGACUCUGGCUCGGGGGGCUCCAGUGCAACUGCAUUUCCUGGUGUCUGGAGCCAAUCACACCUCCUCUGAGAUGCAUGAGUUGCUGCAUGGAGGUCCACAGGUUUUCCUCAUCUCAAACUCAAUACAAGGCAAAUUAAAUGUUGUGGUCAGAGCAGAGAAUUCCUUCUCAAGCAUGGAAACGGACGGUGGAAACACAACAGUUUAUUGUCACAAUGAAACAGUGAACCAACAAGAUGGAGAUACAAUCGGUGAGCACGUGAGAAUUGCCAGAAACAAUAAUCUGCACAUCACUGUUGAUCCAGAAAUCCCGUACAUCGGCACGACCAGCGUCAAGCUGUAUGUUGAGGGACUGGAAGAUGAAAAUGCUAUCUGGAAAUGCAGUGAAACUUGCCCCUGUCCGGAUGAAGUGAAAAAUAGAGAUUAUGAGAUACCGGCAGCUUGUCUUCCACCGGUGUACAGUUUCUCAGUGUAUACUGUACAUACUAAGUCAAGUGAUCAUUCAAAAUCUGGAUUCAGAUGCAUCACUGUCAUUCCUAGGGAAAAUAUGAAGCUCACUCUUACCUGCUCCAACUGCAAUCCAGUGAACGUUGCUCACAGUGUUACGCUACAGGUCCAGUGUGAAGGAUGUCAAAAAAUUGUUUGGUACUUGGAGAGCACUAAGGAUUUUACUGGUUUGCUAAAAUACUGUUACUCCGAGUCGAUGAAAAAGCCAUUGAUAUGGCAGGCAGAGGGCAGCAGCUCUUAUACCAUAGAGAGUGACACACUACAGAAAGCAAAGCAGGACAUCACAGUGGUGGUUUAUGGUACCAAGGACAGCUUAUCUGGAUCUGCUAGAUACACUGUUCCCAUUGCUGGUGCAUCCAAUACUGAGGACUCAACAGAAGUCCCGCCACUUUUGCCGACCACUGUGCCUCCAUCUUCUCAUACUACUGACAAAUCACUCAACACUGUAGCGCCCCCUAUCGUCUUGCGUCCGCCCUCCUGCAUCAUUAGCCCUCCUGUGGGUGAUGUUCUCUCUCCCUUUAAGAUUAGCUGCUCUGUGGAUCCAUCUUUCUGCAGAGCUGGGCCCUGUGUGUUCUGCUUCAAAACCGCCAGUGGUAAUUAUUUUUACUGUGGCUCUGAGCCCACAGUGGAGUCGCUUUAUCUCCCUCUAGGGAAGGCACAUAACAACUACAUUCUGAUGGUGGACAUCACUGUUAAGAACGCAGCAGGCGUUACUGCUGACACUACUGUAACCACUUGGGUAAAGGACACCAGUACUAAGCACACAGUUGGAGAUCUUCAGGCACUGGUUUCCAAUCAGGUGUCUCAGCUGCAGCAACAAGGUCGACUCAAUGGGGCAGCGCUGGCACAGAUGUUCAAGACUGUGUCCGACAGACUGAAUGAUGCAUUACCUGAAGAACAGCAUGACAGUGUCAAAAAAGAGCUGAGACAACAGAUGUUGCUGAGUUUGAGUGUUGCCACAAGCUCCAUCCCCCCAAAGAAUCCAGCAGAGGUGCAGAUGAGUGCUAAUGUGGUUGCAGGCCUUACCACACAAGGUCAUGAGCUGACAGGCACUGCGCAGUUACAGGCAAGUUCUCUGCUCACAAACCUCAGCGAGUCCCUAGUCUCUUUGACGCAUUCUGGUGAGGAGUGCUCUGAAAAGAUACUGCAAGCAUCGAUGCCAAUAAUUCAUGCUGUUAGUAACAUCAUCAAAGUUUCCUCCAAUACAUCUGAACAGAAUGAGAUCUCUAGUCAUUUACUAAACACUGUGGACAAUGUUCAGAGUGCCUUGUUGGCUGGGAAAAAGGUGAACCAGGAGCCCAUCAUACUGAGCACUUCAGUUUUUGGUUUAUAUGUCAACAGAAUUUCAUCAGAUGGUCUUCAGAAUCAGCACUUUAACAUUCAGAAGAACAGCUCUGCCAGUUUUAUGCUCCCGUCUCUGGGCUCAAAUGUUCUGUCUGCAGAUGAACCAGUAGAUGUACGGAUGACAAGUUUUGGAAUAAAUCCAUUCUCAUGGUGUGAGGGUGACCGUAUCAGUGGAUCAGUGGGGUCUCUUUCUCUUACCAAAAUGAAUGGCUCUGUGAUUCCAGUGGCAAAUCUCACUGAGGAGAUUGAGAUUCUCCUACCAAGGACAGAGAUGGCAGAGGUUAACCAAACUCUUCUGGAAUUGGGAAGCUUCAGCACUGUGGUCAUUAAUGUGACUUCACCCAAUAUAUCUCUGGUUUUCAAGUUAGACCCCUCAGAGGAGACCCCCCUGCAGUUGCUCCUGGGUUUUCAGGACUACCCUAAUGAUACAUAUUAUGAGGCUCAGAUCCAACUGCCUCAAGGGGGCAACUCUCAAGAGGAGAGGUACACAUGGGUGCUUAACCCUAUGGAGAUGACAGUAGAAGUAGGCGUUUACUAUCUUCUGGUAAGGCCUGUUGUUGGUGCGGGGGUGAAUUCGACAAAUGCCUCAGUUUUCAUCACAACCAUUGCUGCUCACUGUUUGUAUUGGGAUGAGACGAAGGCCAAUUGGAGUGGUGAUGACUGUAGGGUUGGCCCUCGUACUACAACAUUGGUAACUCAAUGCCUAUGUACCCAUUUGACCUUCUUUGGAAGCUCUUUCUUCGUAAUGCCCAACGUGGUUGAUGUGUCCCGCACUGCUGAACUCUUUAGCACAUUCGUCAACAACCCAGUGGUGGUGUGUUUUGUAGGUGCCAUUAUCCUGGCUUACCUGUUGGUUGUGAUGUGGGCACGAAGAAAGGACAUUCAGGAUGCAGUCAAGAUGCAGAUGCAGGUGAAGGUCACAGUACUUGAGGACAAUGAUCCCUUAGCUGAAUAUCGUUACUUGUUGACUAUCAACACAGGACAUCGUCGUGGGGCCUCCACUUCUUCUCAGGUGACAGUGAUUCUACAGGGCACAGAGGGAGAGAGCGAACCUCAUCAUUUGACUGACCCUGAAAAGCCAGUGUUUGAAAGGGGAGGACUGGAUAUGUUCUUGUUGACAGCCCCUUUCUCACUGGGAGAGCUACAAAGUAUCAGGCUGUGGCAUGACAACUCAGGACAGCAUCCUUCUUGGUAUGUUAACAAAGUAAUGGUACAGGAUCUGGAGACUGGGCAGAAGUGGCACUUCCUGUGCAGCUCGUGGUUGGCCAUUGACUUGGGAGAAUGCACACUAGAUAAAGUUUUUCCUGUUGCAACGGAGAUGGACUUAAAAAGAUUUAGUAAUUUGUUCUUCAUGAAGACUGCAAAAGAUUUCCGUGAUGGUCACAUCUGGUUCUCUGUAAUCAGUCGUCCCCCAAGUAGUAAUUUCACACGAGUACAGCGUGUCUCCUGCUGUUUUUCGCUGCUGCUCUGCACCAUGUUGACCAGUAUCAUGUUCUGGGGUAUCCCGUCAGACCCCUCGGAGCAGACCAUGGACCUAGGUCAGAUUGAGUUCACCUGGCAACAGGUCAUGAUUGGCAUCCAAAGUUCCAUUAUCAUGUUUCCUAUCAAUCUCCUUAUUGUGAGCAUCUUCAGAAAUGCUCGUUCAAGGGAGCAAAAGCCUGAAUCGUCUUCAAAGCAGCAAUCAAAGAUAGAUCCCACAAAGCAAGGCAAAACUGGACGUGUGUCUCCAAAUCAGCCUUCACACUAUAAUCACAAGGAUAUCACACCUGAUGCUGUGAUAAAGGACAUCAAACGAAUAGCACAUUCACUCUAUAAGGUCAUGAGAAAACCUGUACCAAGGAUAGAACUGGACUCCACCAAAACAGAUAUUAACAAUCUGCUGUCAUUGGUUGAAGAGAUAAUUUGUCAACACAAUCAAGUUGGAAAUGAGUUUUACACUGACUCUUCUAAAAAGGAGCAAACUCUUGUGGCUUCCCUUGGGGGUGUAAAUCUGAAAGAGAGCAGUGUUUGUGAGCGAAAUGAAAAACACAGCAUCUACAGCCAGUAUCUCUACAAACAACUCCAAAAUGUGGAUAAAGAGCUGAAACUGCUGGGGCCUUCAUCCUUUUCUAAGCCAGGCAGCUACAACCGGGCUGUGUUGCAGGUCCAAGGCAUGAAGAACCUACUUGAACCUCAUGUCUCCUCCUGUUCUGCCAGUGGUCUGCAUACUCGUGGCUCCAGCCCAACAGAGGGCAGCAGUGGAGACAACAAAAAGUGUUGUCAGAAAGGCUUGCCCUGGUGGUUUGUGUUCAUUGGUUGGUUUCUUGUUGUAGCCACCAGUGGUGUUUCAGCAUACUUCACUAUGAUCUAUGGCUUGACCUAUGGGAAGGAUCGCUCCAUUAGCUGGCUCAUCUCAAUGGUGGUGUCAUUCUUUGAAAGCCUUUUCAUCACUCAGCCUGUAAAAGUAUUGGGCUUUGCAGUCUUUUUUGCUUUGGUACUCAAAACUGUUGAUCAAGAAGAGUAUGGAGAUGUUACGAUUGAUGGGACUCUACCCAACACAGAUGAUCCUGAUGCAGUCAGAAUUGCCAGGAGAGACAGCACAUGUAGCUUCUAUCAGCCUCCUCCUCCCACCGACAUAGAAAGGAUGAGAAACAACAUGAUCAAGGAGCAGAAAGUUUUCGCACUCAUCCGGGAGAUUCUCAUUUAUGUGGGAUUCCUGUGGAUGCUUCUUUUGGUCGCAUAUGGUCAGCGAGAUCCACAUGCGUACUACCUCACUCAGCACAUCCGGCAGAGCUUCAGCAAUGGCAUUUCAGAGAGUAUGAACCACAAAAAUAUAUUCAACUGGGCAAAAUCCUCCUUGCUCAGUAAUCUGUUUGGGCAAUAUCCAGGCUUCAUAACAGAUGGAAACUCAAAACUUGUUGGCAACGCUCGACUCCGUCAGGUUAGGGUGAGAAAAGACUCUUGUAAAAUUGCCAAGCCCAUGCAGUACACUAUUCCUGAUUGCCAUGCCCCAUACUCCUGGGAAGCGGAGGACAUGAGCUCUUAUGGUCCAGCUUGGAACCAGACUAAAAAUGUGAAUGGCUCUAAGGCUGUACUCACACCGUGGCACUACCAAACUCAGGCCAAACUCCGGGCAAAUCCUGUUUGGGGUGGACUGGCCCUUUAUAAGGGUGGAGGAUUUGUGGUGGACCUCGGCCCGGAUCAAAAGAAUGCAAGCAGACUUCUUCAGUAUCUUCUCAACAACACCUGGCUGGACGUGUAUACACGGGCGGUCUUUGUGGAGUUCACAGUUUAUAAUGCAAAUGUGAACCUCUUCUGCAUUGUGACUCUCAUAUUUGAGACCACAGGAGUAGGUGCAUUUCAGUAUCGUAGUGAGGUGCAGACUGUCCAUCUUUAUCAGUCCACUGGUGGCUUUCAUGUAUUUGUUAUGGCAUCAGAGGUCAUCUAUUUCCUCUUCAUUCUCUACUACAUGUUUGUGCAGGGUAAACUGAUGAAGCAGCAGAAAUGGACAUAUUUCAGAAGCAAGUGGAAUCUUUUGGAAUUGGCCAUUAUUAUUCUAAGUUGGAGUGCAUUAUCUGUGUUUGUCAAGAGGACGAUACUGGGUAACCGGGACAUUGACUACUACCAAAAUAACAAAGACAUGUUUGCCAGUUUUUAUGAGACUGCCACGGCAGAUGCUGUACUGGGCUAUCUGAUAGCCUUCUUAGUUCUGCUGGCCACCAUCAAGCUGUGGCAUCUACUGAGACUCAACCCCAAGCUACACAUGAUCACCUCUACACUGCAGCGAGCAUGGACAGAUAUCUCUGGCUUCAUCGUGGUCAUGACCAUCAUGUUUUUGGCCUAUUCCAUUGCUUGCAAUUUGAUGUACGGUUGGAGGCUCUACUCGUACAGAACUCUGCUUGAGGCUGCACAGACCAUUAUUUGCCUGCAACUAGGUAUCUUUAACUAUGAUGAGGUUUUGGAUUACAAUCCAGUUCUGGGUGCUUUCCUCAUCGGAUCCUGCAUUAUCUUUAUGACAUUCGUAGUGCUCAAUCUCUUUAUAUCUGUGAUUUUGGUGGCUUUCAAUGAAGAGCAACUUCAUCCCACUCCCUCUGAAGAAGAGGAGAUCGUAGACCUGAUGCUGAUGAAGAUCUGCAGUCUCCUUGGCAUCAAGUGCAAGAAAAAGCAAAUUGAUGCAGAUGCUUCCAUGACUACAGCCUCAGCCAUAUCUUAGAAAUGAUGCUCGUCUUUAUUACCAUGUGAUAGUCAAUGUAAAAUGCCUCUUGGUCUUUGGAUACUUGAUAAUUGUUCUUGAACAUUACUAUAAUCUUAAAAAGCUUUUUCCAUUUAUCUUGCAGAAUGUUUCCAUUAGGUCAGUUGGGAUGUUUGUCACUGCUAUUAUUACAAAUAUUAAGCAUGAAAUAUGGAACUCUUUGUCUAAAAGUUUUUGUCCUACUAUAUCACUGUAUUACAUCUAUCAACAAGUCAGAUUUUCUGAGUGGAUAUCAGACGAAAACAAUUUUCUUGUGGCAUAAUUCUAGAACAAAAUGUGAUGUAAAAUGACCAUUUGGGAAAUUGUUUCAACUAAUUCAUUGAACACAUUGCAUACAAGUAUUGACACACAAAGGGAUCUGAAACAUAUACAACACCAAUCCCU